AGAUAACGCGUUACAUUUCACAGUGUCUUUCAUUAUGUUUUCAAUAUCGGUUUCAUAAUAGCAUGUUUAAUAUAUCGCAGCACCUAUGGUUUGCCGGAUCCACAAAUCAUCGGUGGUACCGAAGCCCCGGAAGGUUUAUAUCCUUAUCAGGUAUCAUUGAAGCGCAUAAGUACCGGAACUCAUUUUUGUGGUGGAGCUAUCGUUAGCAAGGAUUUUAUUCUUACCGCUGCACAUUGUUUUGAUAAUUUCGACGAACACAACGGUUAUAAAGAUAUUCUCAUCGGCGUUGGAAGCAAUUCUCUUGAUCGUCCUGGUGCUAUAUAUGCAGCAAGCUGGUUUAUGAAACAUCAUAAAUAUAAUAAAACAUUGCACGUUAACGAUAUUGCUUUGUUACAUACAAGAAAAUACAUCACCUUUUCUAGUACCAUACAGCCAAUAGAAUUAAUAAAUUACAACCAUAAUCUUGAUAAUACUCUUCUUGUAGCCUCUGGAUGGGGAAGACUCUGGAAUAAAGGCCCGAUUCCAAAUCGCUUACAACAUAUUGUAGUGAUGAAAGUUCCCCAAAGACAAUGCAGAACUUAUUUUGGAAGUAUUACUGAUGGACAAUUAUGUGCUUAUCAAGGUUGGGGUAAAGGAAUGUGCAAUGGUGAUUCCGGUGGUCCGCUCGUUUUCGACAAUAAACUAGUUGGUCUUGUAUCCUAUGGUGUUCCAUGUGGCAAAGGUAUUCCAGAUGUAUAUACCAGAGUAUAUACGUACAAAUCAUGGGUCGAUCAAUAUAUUAAUGCAGGUAGUAUCCAACAAUCGAAUGUCAUUCUCGGAUUUAUCAUGACAUAUUUAUGUAUACAAUCAUUUUUGUAAAUGUGUACAUAUCUUAUCACAUAAAUAUAAUCAUAUAAUCACAUAAAUAUCAAUUUUAAUUAUCGAUGAAAUUGCGUGAGAAAAUAAAAAUGAAUUUCUAACAAAAAAA